CUCACCAGGCAGCUCGCCCAGUCUCGGGGCAGCGAGAGGGAGGGAGCGCAGGCCCCGGGAGCGGGAUGGAGACCAGCCGCCCGCGGCCCCCGCCGCCCAGCCCCAGCGCGGGGCCGAGCCUGGACGCCCGGCUGGGCGUUGACACGCGCCUCUGGGCCAAGGUGCUGCUCACCGCGCUCUACGCGCUCAUCUUCGCGCUGGCCGCGGCGGGCAAUGCGCUGUCCGUGCACGUGGUGCUGAAGACGCGGCCGGGGCGCGCGGGGCACCUGCGCUACCACGUGCUCAGCCUGGCGCUCUCCGCGCUGCUGCUGCUGGCGGUCAGCGUGCCCGUGGAGCUCUACAACUUCGUGUGGUUCCACUACCCCUGGGUCUUCGGCGACCUGGGCUGCCGCGGCUACUACUUCGUGCGCGAGCUGUGCGCCUACGCCACGGUGCUCAGCGUGGCCAGCCUGAGCGCCGAGCGCUGCCUGGCCGUGUGCCAGCCCCUGCGCGCCCGCCGCCUGCUGUCGCCGCGCCGCACCCGCCGCCUGCUGGCGCUCGUCUGGGCCGCCUCGCUCGGCCUCGCCCUGCCCAUGGCCGUGAUCAUGGGGCAGAAGCACGAGCUGGAGACGCCGGGCGGCGAGCCGGAGCCCGCCUCGCGCGUGUGCACCGUGCUGGUGAGCCGCACCGCGCUGCAGGUCUUCAUCCAGGUGAAUGUGCUGGUGUCCUUCGUCCUCCCCUUGGCACUAACCACCUUCCUGAACGGGGUCACGGUGUGCCACCUGCUGGCCCUCUGCUCCCAGGCACCAUCCACCUCUGCCCCAGGCAGCUCUGCCCCCAGCCGCCUGGAGCUGCUGAGUGAGGAGGGUCUCCUUGGCCUCAUCGCAUGGAGGAAGACCCCCUCCCUGAGAGGCCUGGCCAGCCUGGGGAGACACAAGGACGCAAGUCGGAUCCGCAGCCUCCAGCGCAGCGUCCGGGUUCUCAGGGCCAUCGUGGCUGUGCAUGUCGUCUGCUGGAUGCCGUACCAUGCCCGCAGGCUCAUGUACUGCUACGUCCCAGAUGACGAGUGGACCGACACACUCUACGACUUCUAUCACUACUUCUACAUGGUGACCAACACACUGUUCUACGUUAGCUCGGCUCUGACACCUGUCCUCUACAACACCACGUCCUCCUCCUUCAGAAAACUCUUCCUGGAGGCCCUGGGCUCCCUGUGUCGACGGCACCGCUCCGUGGAGCCAUUACCCCUGGAAGCUCCAGAGUCCCGCCCUCAUGGGGGCAGCUUCAGGCUUGAGGGAGCCCCCAGAAACCCUGACCUGGAUGAAAUACAAGAAUGAAUGAGCACACAGAAUGACAUAUUGCUCAGUCACCUGGCAGACCAGACAAGCAACUUUAUCACUAAUCACUCAAGCCCUGCAGUCAGGAGGACUUCCGUCUGCCCCAGCCCUGCGCCUGCUCACCUGUUAGCUGCAGGCAAGUCACGUGACCCCUCCUGGCCUCAGUUUCCUUCACCUGUGUAGCAGAGAUGAAGAACAGUGCCCAUCACUUAGUGCUGUCUGAGAUUAACACACUUAGUACAGUGCCUGGUGCAUAAUAAAUAACUUUUUGCUGG